AUGACCUACCGCACCACUCUGGACCUGCUUUUCAAAUCCCAGGAAUUUGUCCCUAACUACAAAUGUGAUAGCCGGAAGCAUCUCAUGGCCAUCAUAGGAGGAUUAGGUUCGGAUACAUCAUCUUAUAUGGCAGAUAGUGUAAAUGUCUACAAAAUUCCACAGUUGACUUAUGGCUCUUUUGCCCAAGAAGAAUUCCGGAGUACUAAGUUAUCUUCACUUUAUUGCAUGGUCCCAAAUGAGGACCAUCAAUAUACUGGAGUUAUACAACUUCUUCUCCAGUUUGGAUGGAUAUGGAUUGGAGUCUUCACUCUUGAUACGAACAAAGGAGAACAUUUCUUUCAGAAACUGCAGUCACUGCUUUCCCAGAAUGGCAUCUGCAUAGCUUUCUCACAAAAAAUUCCACAACUAGUAAACUUGGAAAACGUGUCCAAAUUACUUCAAAGAAACCCAAUGAUUUGUAAUAAGCUGAUAGAUCAGAAAGCAAAUGCUUUUCUUGUCUAUGGAAAAUCAUUCACAAUUUUGUGGCUCAGAAUUGUUGUGUUUCUAUGUGAUCUAGAGGAUAAAGACAGCACACAAUUGAAAAAGGUUUGGAUCCUGAUGGACCCCAUUGAUUUCAUACUGACGUCAUUUCAAACAGGUUUGGAUCUCCAGUUGUUCCAUGGGGCCCUUUCUUUUACAGUGCACUCAAGAGAAGUUCAAGGCUUCAAAGAAUUUCUUCAAGUCGCCAAAUCUUCAAGCCAUGAAAAUGGAUUUUUUCAGGAUGUUUGGGAGCAAUUGUUUGACUGUUCAUUUUCAAAUAAAGAAUUUUCCUUAACACAUGAUAAGACUUGUAGUGGAGAAGAGAAAUUGGAGAAUCUGCCUGCACCUGUAUUUGAGUUGCAGAUGACUGGCCAAAGUUACAGUAUCUACAAUGCAGUCUAUGCAGUGGCAUAUUCUUUACAUGAGACAAUGAGAUCAAGAUCCCAACAAAAAAAGCUUCAAAGGUUUGAAUUUCCAAACUUUCAGCCUUGGCAGCUCCACAAGUUUAUUCAAGGGAUUUCUUUUAAUAACUCAGCUGGAGAAAAAGUCUUCUUUAAGGACAAAAGAGAAGGUCAAGGUGGUUUUGACGUUGUCAACAUGAUCACUUUUCCGAACAGAUCUUUUCAGAGAGUUAAAGUUGGAAAGUUAAAGUCCAAUGCUCCAGAAGUAAAGGAAUUCAUCAUUGAGAGGAGCACAAUCCUUUGGCACCCUGGAUUUAACCAGGUUCUUCCACUUUCUCAGUGUAAUGACCAUUGUUCCCCUGGAUUUUGGAAGAAAGGAGAUGAAGAAAAGAAAUUCUGUUGCUAUGACUGUGUUCGAUGUCCUGAAGGGAAGAUUUCAAAUCAAAUGGAUAUGGAUGACUGUUUUGAAUGUUCAGAAGAUCAUUAUCCAAAUAAAGAGAAGAAAGAAUGCAUUGUGAAACCGGUGGUCUUUCUAACUAUUGAAGAAACCCUAGGCAUUGGUUUAGCUUCAACUGCUCUUUCUCUCUUCUUCCUCACAAUGUGGGUACUUAGGACCUUUAUUAAACACAGAGAUACUGCCAUUGUCAAAGCCAACAACCGGUCCCUCACGUACACCCUGCUUGUCUCUCUUCUGCUCUGUUUUCUAUCCUCUUUGUUUUUUCUCAGCCAUCCUGGCCAAGUGACCUGCCUCCUCCGACAAUCAGCUUUUGGAAUCACCUUCUCAGUGGCCAUUUCUACUGUACUGGCCAAAACUAUCACAGUGGUUGUGGCUUUCAUGGCCACUAAACCAGGAUCUCAGAUGAGAAGAUGGGUGGGGAAAAGAUUGGCCUUUUCUACUGUCUUUUCCUGUUCUCUCUUUCAAGUAUGUAUUUGUAUGCUUUGGUUGUCGAUAUCACCCCCAUUUCCUGAGUUAGACAUGCACUCAGAGUCCCAAGAAAUGAUUUUACAAUGCAAUGAGGGGUCAGCUUUCUUCUUCUACUGUGUCUUGGGCUACAUGGGUAUCUUGGCUAUUGCCAGCUUUAUUGUGGCUUUUCUUGCCCGUAAAUUACCUGACAGUUUUAAUGAAGCCAAGUUCAUCACCUUCAGCAUGUUGGCCUUUUGCAGUGUGUGGAUCUCCUUCUUUCCAGCCUAUCUGAGUACAAAAGGAAAAGCCAUGGUAGCUGUGGAGGUCUUCUCCAUCUUGUCCUCCAGCGCUGCAUUACUGGGAUGCAUAUUUUUUCCAAAAUGCUACAUUGUAGUUUUCAGGCCUCAGCUAAACCACAGGGAGCAACUCAUAAACAGGACUUAG